UCUUGGGAAUCACCAUUAAGAGAUGGUUCGUGGAGAAAUCAGAGCUGAUGAAGAAGGACUUUUGAGAGAUGAUGAUGGACAAGCCUACAAUGAGGCUGGACAGAGAUUGGACGAUCAAGGGAUUGUCAUACCUGAGGAUCUGAUUGUGGAUGAUCCAAACAUCUUGAAUCUUGCUGCUCCACAAAAACGCAACCGUCCCAUGACUCUUGGGGAUUACAAUAGGCCAGACCUGUUCUAUGCUAAUCAUUCAGCGAUCGUACCUCCCCCAUUCCAGAGACAUGACUUCGAGUUGAAACCCGCUUACUUCACUCUUGUGGGUAAACAUCCUUUCCAUGGCUUCUCCAAUGAACAGCCUAUGGAUCAUAUCGAGCGAUUUGAGGAUUUGGUGUCCAGCAUUAAAGCUAAUGGAGUUUCUGAUGACUACCUUCUCUGCAAGCUCUUCCCAUACUCACUUGCUGGGGAACCAGCUUCUUGGCUAAAGCAGUUGAAGCCAGGAUCUUUGACUAACUGGCAGAGUAUCAAGAUAGCUUUUCUCAACAAUUUCUAUGAUGAUGGCAAGUCUGAGGAGCUGCGCAACAAAGGAAUGGAUUGGAGAUACCAGAUAGCUCUUGACGCUGCGAGCAAUGGUAACUUCAACACCAGGUACCCCAUAGAUGAUGUAGCUCUCAUUGAGAAUCUUGCAUGUAGCAACAGCAUGAAGAACGCAGACUUCGAGAGGAAGAAGAUUGCAGGCGCGAUUACUGGUACUGAAUUCGCAGAGGUUAAUGCCAAGUUGGAUUCAGUCCACAGCCUCCUCAUAGGAAAGAAAGUUGUACACUUUGCUGCAGAGGUCGAGAACAUUGAGACAGAGGAAGAGUCUGAAGAAGGAGUGUUCUACAUUGAUGGACAAGGUUACAGGAAGUUCGGGCCUCCUCAAGGCAACUUCAGUGUUCAGCGCUUCACAGGGAAUCAGAACAACUCCGGCUUCAACAACAGGUCAGCGUUUCAGAAGACAUAUCCGCAGACUAGUAGCUUCCAGAGGACCUACGGGAACACAACUUACCAGAACCCACCUGCACCCACUCCCGAGAAUAAGAUGGAGACUAUGCUUGAGCAGAUUUUGGAGGGGCAAACUAAGCUUACAGUUGAGUUCAAUGGGAAGUUUGAUGCCAUCUACUCUGAUUUGAAUGGCAAGAUUGACACUUUGAACACUCACAUGAAGAAGCUCGAUGUUCAAGUUGCUCAAACUGUCGCCGCUGUUAAGCGACAAGAUGGUGUUCUCCCUGGUAUGCCUGAUGCAAAUCCCAAGAGAACUUGUAAUGCGAUUCUGAUCCGUGAUGGAGAUGAUGUUUGGGAAGAGUUGGAUACUGAAGAUGAGCUCGAGCUCGCUGCUGUAGAACCGGUCAGAACAACACCUUAUACUCUAGUUUUCCCACCUACUAAGCCUGUCUACACGCCUCUGGUUCCUUUUCCUAGGAAGCGUCGCUCUAAGCAGGAGAUUCAGGAUGCUCGCUGCAAGGCCAUCAUGGAGAAGAUCUUGACUUCUAUCCCUAAAAUCCAUCUCGAGACAUCUUCUCCAACACUUGAUGGAUAUGUCAAGAGAUUGGUGAACAAUGGUAUUUGUGCUGAGGAAGCUGCUUUGCUCACCAAGGACAUCAGUUUGAUUGUACUGCAGGAAGCUAAGAAAGAGCGGAAGAAGAAAGUGGUUGUGUCUGAACACGACUACGAUGAUGAACCCAAGGAUCCUCUUAUCUUGGGUAGAGCUUUCUUAGCCACAGCUGGCGCGACGAUUGAUGUGAAGAAGGGACAGAUUUCGUUGGAUGUGUGCGAUGUGAAGAUGAAUUUCGAUAUGAAGGGACCACGUACACCUCCGAUUCUCAGUAGUAAGUCCUUCUCUGUUGAGUCUACAAAGGAAUCUGCGCAGGAAUUGCAGUGUACUACACCAAAGGAGCCUGACACAGCUCAGCUCGCCACUCAGCAUUGUGUAGACGGACCGGUGUCGACCGACACCAUCGACAACCAGAGAUACAGUAACGUCCGCGAUCCUCGAUAGGAUCAUCGGAUGAGACUUGGUC